AAAUUAUGAAUCGAAUCGAUUAUAUGAACGAUUACGCGUGAUUCCUCGUUACACGAAUAUAGUAUCGAAUUAUAUGAACACAUCGAAUGAUUACACCGACAAAAACAUUCAAACACACGAUUCUUUCGCGAGAAAUUUUAUCAACCGUUUCGUGUAACACGAUUUAUUCAACUGAGGAAAGUCACUGUAUAUUGUAAUUGAAUAUCUAGGUUAACUAUAACACAACGAUAUUAACGCUAUAAGGGAGAUAAGGACUUACAUUCACAUAUUUAUAUUAAGAAAAAAGCAUAAGAUCCAUCGCAUUACCGAUAUGUACUUCACAGUAACGAAAAACUGUACCGCCCUCGCGUUAAACAUCUCAGUUACUUUCAACGAAAACCAUCAAAAUUUUCAAUGGAUCCAAAUGAAACUUCGAAAAGUGUGCUAUUCGAAUGCACACAAAUGAAGCAUUGAACUAUCGGAUAUUGGAUUGUAAAAAUAUUUCGCCGAAUCAUAUGAAGUAUCUUUUCAGACUAUAAAUUCAAUCCUAUUGAUGAUUGUACGAUUUGAAAUGUAAGGUUAGAGAGAUGGCCUGUGUCGUCAAACAAUUCUAUACAUACUUAAGUAUACUAGUGCGAAAAUCUUGUCGAAAAUGUUGUCGACUUUAGCCUCUAAGAAAUGUUUGCUGCGUUUCCGAUGGAAUCAUAGGAACGCGAAUAAUCACCGUUCGUUAUUCCUGAGUCCCAUUGGUUAUCAUGAUGAUCAAAAGCAAAAAGAAAUUGAAGCGAAACGAAAAGAAAUAAUGUCACGUGGCCUCCCAAGACAAAAACCUUUGAAGGGUGUCAAGCAGAUAUUUAUUGUUUCUUCUGCGAAAGGAGGUGUUGGCAAAUCUACAAUUGCUGUGAACUUAUCCACUGCUUUAAAAGUUCUUGAACCGCAAAAAUCUGUUGGUCUACUCGAUGCCGAUAUAUUUGGGCCUUGUGUACCUCUAAUGAUGAAUAUACGAGAAUCUCCUGUGAUUAACAGCAACAAACUUAUAGAACCAGUUGUGAAUUAUGGAGUAAAAUGCAUGUCCAUGGGCUUCUUAAUCAAUGAUAAAUCUCCUGUAAUUUGGAGAGGAUUGAUGGUAAUGAGUGCCAUUGAAAAAUUGUUGUAUCAAGUAGCAUGGGAUCCUUUGGAUUAUCUCAUUAUCGAUACCCCUCCAGGAACAGGAGAUACGCAUCUUUCAAUAAUACAGAAUAUCCCAGUCACUGGAGCAUUGUUGGUGACUACAGCUCAGAAGGCAUCUUUAGAAGUAACUAGAAGGGGACUUAAUAUGUUUAAAAAAUUGAACAUUCCAAUUGUUGGAAUUGUAGAAAAUAUGAGCAGCAUUGUGUGUACUAAGUGUAACAAUGAAAUAAGUCUUUAUGAUAAUGAAAUGAAGACUGAGAUCGAAGAAUUUGCUUUUCAUGUAUUCUGUGUAGGUGUGAAAAUCUUACAGACAAUACCUGUAUCCAAAAAUAUUGCGCAAAGUGGCGACAAUGGUAAACCAGUUGUAUUUUCUGCUCCAGAAAGUAUCGAAGCCCAUGCAUACAAAGAUUUGGCAAAGUACAUAAUUUCGUUCCUAGUUAAUGAACCACUACAAAAAUUUUCAGAUUCAGUUUCCGAAAUGAGUAAUAGAAGCCCCACAAGUGUUCAUUCCGAUGUAAACGCUGAGGUUUACGAUGUACCAAUGGAUGUAAUUAUCAGACCCAUUCCCCCGAUCGUCGACGAAGAGAAAGUUGAAAGUUUAAUGAACACAUUAAAGAGUCCUGAAUCAGAAUCCUCUGUGCCACCGAUCGAUGUUUUGUGGAUUAAAGGCAGCGAAGGCGGUGAUUAUUAUUACUCGUUUGGUGGUUGUCAUCGAUACACGGCCCAUCAGAGACUGGGAAGACCAUACAUCAAAGCUAAGCUUAUACAAUCGACGAUAACAGAUUUAAGGACAUACCUUGGUGGUUCCACGCCAGUUUUAAAAUAAAUACAAAUUUGUUUUUACUCGUCUUCUAGGUGCUUUACAGAAACCUUUGUAAAAACGAAUAAGGAAAGUAUUCCUACUUACUACCAGUUCCGUGCUGUGCCAGUAUUAAAAAAUACUCCAAUGAAAAUCUCUGCUUUCAGAUCAUUUAGCUCUUCUCAUAUCAUUUAUUUUACAUCUGUAUCAUACAUACAUAAAAUUUCACUUUCAAAUAUGAAUGCGAACUUAACACUCUUGCCAUGUGUAAAAAUUAGAAAUCUUAAAUACGUAAUUAGAUACGUAAUUAUCUAAGUUUUAUUAAAGUACGAUCACAGCAUACUAAUUAACAAAUGUAUUCAUUUUAUUUGUUAUAUUUUCCUUGUGUUACUUUACCUUACAAAUUGUACCAUUCGAGAAAAUUUGUCCUAAUGUAUAUAAUAUACAAUAGGACAUAUGUACCUACAAAUCAUUGUAGACUCAUAGUUUAGCUUGAACAUAUUCGCAUUUGUAUGUUUUCAAUAAAAUUUUUAAUAUUCUCGUUAGACAUAUAUAUAUAUAUAUAUAUAAAUAUUAUUCUCCGUACGAAUAUGUUAUAAACUUUUUAAAAGAUGAUACUUAUUCAUCUUGUUAUUAUAUUCGUCUAUUGUUCCGUAUCAUUUAUUUAUACAAUAAUGAUAUUAAUUUAUUCAUCUAUC